AUGUCCGCCGAGCCGGCCCCGGCCCCCGCCGCCCCCGAGCCGGCCCCCGGCCCCGAGCCGCCGGCGGGCGGCGGGGAGGCGCCGGCGGAGCACCGGGCGCUGGUGCUGACCGGCUUCGGCGGCUACGACAAGGUGAAGGUGCAGGCGCGGCGCGGCGCGGAGCCGCGGCCCGGGGAGGUCUCGGUCGCCGUCCGCGCCUGCGGGCUCAACUUCGCCGACCUGAUGGCGCGGCAGGGCCUGUACGACCGCCUGCCGCCGCCGCCCGUGUGCCCCGGCAUGGAGUGCGCCGGCACCGUGCGCGCCCUCGGCGACGGCGUCCGCGACCGACAGGUUGGUGACAAGGUAAUGGUCCUGGCCAGGUCAGGGCUCUGGCAAGAAGUGGUGAAUGUGCCGGUCAGUCACACCUUCCCAAUGCCUGAGGGGAUGAGCUUCGAGGAAGCUGCUGCUCUUCUUGUGAACUACAUCACUGCCUACAUGAUUCUGUUUGACUUUGGAAACCUGAGACCCAACCAGAGUGUCCUCAUCCACAUGGCUGCAGGUGGUGUGGGAACUGCUGCCAUCCAGCUGUGCAAGACUGUAGAAAAUGUCACCAUUUUUGGCACAGCAUCUGCCUCCAAGCACGAGACCCUCAAGGAGAGUGGAGUUGCUCACCCCAUUGACUACAGAACCAUGGAUUACGCAGAGGAGGUCCGGAAAAUCUCUCCCAAAGGUGUUGACAUUGUCCUGGACCCUCUGGGAGGAUCUGAUACAUCCAAAGCUUUUAACCUCUUGAAGCCAAUGGGCAAACUCAUCACUUAUGGGGUAGCAAACCUGCUCACUGGGCAGAAGAAGAACCUCAUGGCUAUGGCUAAAACCUGGUGGAACCAGUUCAGCAUCACUGCCUUGCAGCUCCUGCACCAGAACAAGGCUGUGUGUGGCUACCAUCUUGGAUAUAUGGAUGAAGAGGUUGAGCUUCUCAGGAGUGUUGUUGCCAAGCUGGUUAACCUGUACAGCCAAGGCAAAAUCAAGCCCAAAAUAGACUCUGUGUGGCCCUUUGAUCAGGUGGCAGAGGCUAUGAAGCAGAUGCAAGAAAAGAAGAAUGUUGGAAAAGUCAUCCUGGUUCCUGAAGCACCCAAGGAAGAAUCUAAAAAAGCAGAGAACUAAGGAGAAGGGAUGAAUGCAGAUUAUGAAUUCAUGGUUUAACUCCCUGAUCUCUUUGGGACCUGGAAAUGGACAGAUCAGUAUCUCCCAUCUUUCACCAGUACAAGAACAUCAUGGUUAUCAUUCAGAUGAGGUUUGCAUGCUCUUGUUGUGACUGACCCUUUGCCAGACAUGCCUCCUGCUCUCUCUUUUGAAGCCUGUUUAUUUCAUACUGCUUUCUAACCACUUGUUUCUCCAC